AUGGAGUCGACGGCUCCCCAAAUACGACCGGAGGAGGAGGAGCAAAUCGAAUGUUGGGAUGAUGAUGAUGAUCUGCAGUUCAUCGAGGGCAUUCAAUCCCGUGCGGCAUCUAGUACAGGAUCGAUGGCCAAUUCUUCAUUCCGGCCAUCAGGACAUCGCGAUUCGAUUUCGUCGCGGCGGUCUGCUCGGUCCGAUCUGGACUCGAAUGUUGGAGACGAAGACUGGCAGGUUCCUUUGCACGAUGAUGAGUUUGCUAAAGAAGAAGCUCUCGCCUCAGCCAAAAACGCAGGGAUCCCGAUCCCCGCCAAUAUACCUAGCUCUGCUCUUCUUGGAGGUGCCAUCAAACGCCUGUCCACUCGAAAGCCCAAGAGGAGCUUUGUAGAUGACUGGUCUGAAGAUGUAGAGCUCCCGGGCCCGGAUGCCAUACUGCAACUCAGAACAGCUCAAGAAGUGACAUUUCCAGAAUCAAUCAGACAGAUAAGCUCAGCAGUUACAAGUCCGGUGAAGUCUACAGCUUCCUCUUCUUGGAAUGAGAACAUCUCAACUCGCCUACAUUCAGCACUGGGAAAUCUAGACCGGUUUCGGGACGAUGACGAUGAUGGCCCUAUCAACUGGGAUGUUCCAACCAUCAAAGCACCCACCCCACGAUCCCCACAGAAGAUUGCUACCAAGGUGACCGGAAGGAACCCAAAUAUGGAACAGGAAGACGAUUUUGAUCAAGACCUCGAGUUGCCGCCGGAUUAUCAACCCUUGAAACUAUCAAAUCGAAAAGAUACCACUGGCAUCUCUAGCCCCGUUCUAGAGGAUUUUGAUCUAGAAUGGUCCGAAGGGAGCAUAGGUGUCCGAGUGGGUGGGACGGCCCGCGAUGGCCGCUCGAUUCCUAGUUCCUCGAUAUCUAUCGCCAGCCCUAGUGUGUCAAGUUGUCUGACCGGGGAAAGUGAAGAGGAUGGUCUGGACGGCCUAGUAUUCCCAGAUGGCCCAUUGGAUUUUACCGCGUCCCUCAAACGACGAGAAGAGGAAACCACCGAGAAUGAUGCCGCAGAAGCCAAGCAAGAAUCGCAGGCUUUGAAGUCGUCGGAGUCGGAUGACUUUUUCUCUGGCAUCGAGGUUGACAACGGGAGAGCUUUCGCAUCCAAGAAACUAACAUUGAACCCCAAUGUGAAACGAAAGACAGAGUGGCCAGCCAGCCCAACAAGGCGGUCUUCAACAACCUUGACCUUCACCACUACCGGUACCGGCGCAGUCAACACAGCAGGCUCCCCCCGGCAGAAUACUCGCAUCCCACGCCUAUCUGGCCAUGACAGGAACCAUUCGACUCAUCUGGAGACCGUUUCAGAAAGUGGUGCUCCAAUAUCUAAAUUCCAAAGACCCCAGUCCCGCCUUGGGCAUUCGUCCCAGUCUUCAAUUUCUAGUAUCCAGUCUGCCAGUGUGGUUUCAACUUCCCCACACCCAAACCCUGCAGGCCGAAGGCUUCUUGGAGCACGAGCUCCCCAAGCCGUUGCUCCCGUGGGCGAUUCCGGUGCUCCUCCCAAACAAUUGCGAACGAAGAGGUCCUUACCUUCCAUUCGUGGCAUUGCAUCCGCUACUUCAGCUCAGGUCCCGCAACGAUUGCCAUCUCAUCCAGAUGGGUUUAUUCGUCCAUCGGUAAACCGACCAAAGACACCAGUGGAGCGCACCAUCGUGGCUGGAAGAACAUCCAGCCGAAGGACACCAGCUCCGCUCAUUCCAGCAGGCGCAUCGGAAAGGCAAUCGCAGCAUGCCAACAUCAAAACAUACCGCCCCCCUCGCCGCCACAACUCUGAUAGCUCCAGUGACCUACUUAGCCCCCAAGGCACCUUCUCUCGAUUUUCGCGAUCAAAUCGACCGGAAUCUUUCCGCCUGAGCCUCGAUGACAGCAAAACGGAGAGUGCUAGCCCAACGGCUAAACGCACACUUACCCGACCAACUCGACGGCGCAAUUUUGGAGAUGGAACCGAGUUAGAAUCCUUUGACGACUUGCCUACGUCUGUCUCAACAGAGAGCAGAUUUACCAAGAACCCUGCCGGCCGCGGUGCCCCCCGAUCAGUGCGCGCCAGACUGAGCCAGAGCCGCAUUAUUCCUCCUGGCGAAUCCCCGACCCAAUCCUCUACACCACCCUCGGCCUCUAAGCCUCUGGCGUCUACGCCACGGUUUGCCCGAGACACGAAUGCCUCCCGGAAUGCGCGAGAGCAGCGGAUCGCAUCCAUGAACCCCCGCAAUCGCGACAUAACCCCACUUGGUUCUUUUAACCCUAAUUGGAAGGCCCACCCCAUCCCUCGGAUAUCCCCAAUUGCCGCGCCGAUUCGCAGCCGCAAAAGUGGAAUCAAACCGCAAUCCAAGCCUCAUCUGAUCAAGCCUAUGGGAUCUGGGGUGCAGGAAUCUAAAUCCGUGAGAGGCAUGCACUAUAACCCCGACACUUAUCGUUGGGAAGGUAAUGAAAACCUUGUGCAGGAGUUUGACGUCGCCACUGCCCCCAAAUCGCCGAAACCCGCUCCAGCUCUUAUCAGUAAUGUAGGUGCUGCGAAUAAUGCUCAGGCGGUCGGUGGGAUGAUUUUUGAUCCACAGCGCAUGUGCUGGCUUCGAGCCACGCCGCUUGCAUCCGGACAGCACGGUGGAAUCGCCCUUGAAGACGAGGACGAUGUUUUUGCAGGCUUAGAUGACUUGGAUGAUAAAACCAUCGGCACCAAACGAGACCCCGAGACCGUGACCGGCUCCACCCCUAAUACCGCCAGGGAUGAUCCGAGUGCAGGCGAAUCUUCCGAUGAAGGGCCCAUCACCGAAGAAUUUGACGUGGGCCCCGAAUUCAUCCGCCGACAAAGAGCCGAGGAAGAGAAAUGGAGGCGGAAAGUCGACAAGUGGAUCGAUUUUGACCGUGGAGGUGAUACUCACUGGCGAUGGGCGAUCCGUGACCUGACUGAUGGUAUGGAGCAUCCCACAGUAUAA